AUGUCUUCUGAAAAAAUUGUCUUUUUUGACCUCCCAAGCAAGGAACCGUGCGUUGCUUGGUCCCUCAACCCGUGGAAGACUCGCCUGUUGUUGAACUACAAGGGCUUGGACUACGAAACAAAAUGGAUUGAGUACCCAGACAUCAAGCCGACGCUCCAGCCUCAUAUUGAGCCUAAUGAUACACGUUGGCCAUACACCAUUCCCGCCAUCAAGUUCCCUGAUGGGACCUGGUCCCAGGAGUCGCGCAGGAUUGCCGACCUCAUUGAGAAGCGGUACCCCGAGCCGUCUGCGCACCUUGAUUCCCCUUACCAGAGCCGGAUCGAGGAGGUGGUGCCCAGGGCAUUUCGGCCGCUUAUGGCCAUUGGCCUGAACCAGAUUCCCAAGCGGUUGCUCAAUCCCGCUAGCGUUGAGUACUGGAUGAAGGACCGAACCGAUAUUGUCGGUUGUGAUCUGGCCGAACACGAGGCUAAAAACGGCGGCGAGGCUGCCUUCGCUGCGGCUGCGCCAGCCCUGCAGGAAGUGACUGCGAUGCUGAAGGAGAACCCGGAUGGCCCUUUUUUCAGUGGAAAAGAAGUAAGCUACGCUGAUUUUGUCUGGAUUUCUACACUUUACUUCUUUAAGCGCAUUGGCGAUGAUAUGUACGAAGGCGCCCUCAAUGCCUCCGGUGACCGCACAGUCCACGAAAUCAUUCUCAAGGCUGCUGAACCUUGGUUGAAGAGAGGAGAUCGCUGA